AGCAUUUGCCAGUUGGCAGAAGCAGGAGCUUCGAAGCCGAAAGUUCGGCGCAAGGCGCUUCGCUCUGCGCCCACAAACUUGACAAAGUUUCCCUAGGUCCUACGUAGAACUUUAGAAGCCAUUAUGACUCUUGAAAGGAAGCUGCCUGUGGCUGGGGUACUCCUCUUUCACCAUAUUUUCGCAGAACACGACGGUAGCAGCAGGGUGGUUAUAAAAGCUCGCAGCAUUGGAAACUCUUGGAGCUUUAAUUCCACUGCAUUCUUUGAUCGAGCUAGGUUGAUCAGGACGUCUCCUGUAGCGGUCCCCUUUUCUUGCAGAAGAAGCCUUUGAAGCCAUCAAAGCCUUCUCUGAAACCAAACCUCUGCUGAUUUUGAGCUCCAGGGACCUCCAGAACGCCCUUUCCUUUUCUCGCAGUCAUCAAAGCAAUCAGCAUUUGUUCACCUGUAAAGAUGGCCGGUCUUAUGGCCCCAGGGACGGGGUCCUCUCCCAGGAAGAGGGCAAAAUGGCUUCUCGUCAUCGCACUUCUCUGCCUGAGCUCCACUAUGUUGCCCGCAAAGGCAGACGAUGGUUUCAAGCCAGUUGGGAAACAAGCAAAGCCUUACGUGGCCGAUGCGGACCUUGCCCUCAUUGCGGACCAACUAGCGCAGGAGAACGUCAAAGAGUUGACCUUGGAACACGUGGUCAGUGUCUUCGCUGAGCUCCCCCGUCUAGCCUUCCACCAGAACCAGGUCCCCCCUGUCCGUGAGUAUGACCCCCAGUUUCCGGACACGUUGCUUCGCUCAAACAGCGACUCCCUCAGCGGACGCAUCUCGCUGUCCGACAUUCGGACGGCCGUGGUGGAGGAGAGUAUACCGGGGGACUUGGGCGAGCAAUUCUUGGAGGAGGUUUUGGCGCUGUUCAGGGGGCCCUUCCAGAGGCAUAAUAGAAAGCUCCUUUCCAAGCAGGGGCCGGUGAAAGGGCUGGAGAAGGUUGAGAUUUCAGGGGGCGGAAGGAGAUUGUUGGCGGAGAAUGUGCAGAGCUCUGGAACUGGGGUGACUCUGACGGACGGUACGACGUCGAGCACGUCAACGUCGGACUCGGACAGCGGCAAGUGGGGGCCCCUUACCAAGGGCGCUUGGAUUGGUAUCAUCAUUGCAGUCGUUUUCGUCAUCGGCGCAGUCACGAUCCUGUGCUGGUGCCUUGAGUGUAUAUGUUGUUGCUGUUGCUUCUAAUGAUAUGGCAGGCCAACACCUGAUUGUCCGCAUAGAUCUAGUACUAACAGUAGAUCCAAAUGCUGUUGUACAUCAUUGUCAACGUACUGUAACGUAAUCAUUGAGUUGGGUUUUUAGCAUUUUGUCAAACGCGUAAUUCAGAGAUUCGGCAUAGGGACAACUGGGUUGGAAUCUAGCUGUUGCCACUUGCUCUGUGGCAUGCUGUCAAACAGAAUUCUGAAUAGUUGUAUAGCGGUACACGGAAAGUCUGUGUAGGUUGAACAAUUCAAAAAAAGUACAUUAUUAACCCGCUGAUUUAAGAGCAUGACAUUCCAAGUUGUCUGACAGAUUUUGUACAUGUACUCAUCCAUGUUUCUUCAGAUCAUUUUCCCUGGACA